CCAUCCAUUCCCUGCGCCAAAACCCUAACUCUGUAUUUUGUCCUGUUUUCUUAUAAUCAAUGGCGCCUGUUAGACGUAAUCCGACACUACCAGACGAACUAAUAAGCCAGAUUCUAAUACGCGUGCCGGUGAAAUCAUUACUUCAAUACCAAUCAGUCUCCAAGACAUGGUUAUCGAUGAUUAAAAACCCUAGUUUCGUCAAAUCUCAGCUCCGUCACGCCCUCACUACCCAAACUGAUGAUCAAACUCUUCUCAAAGCUGACCGUUCCUCAGUACUCCAUCUCGAUUCUGGCCGGAACGUGGCUUAUCUCAAGUUUCCAUUUCCUCGACGUGAUGAUGUAAUGUAUCUUAAUCUUGUUGGUUCUGCUAAUGGUAUUGUUUGUGUUUCUGUUGUGUUUGGUAGUCAUGAUGAUUAUAGAAACACUAGUAUUUGCCUAUGGAAUCCUGCUACUACACAAUCCAAAUUUGUUCCGUCAUCGUUUAAUGCUAGUGUGAGAGUUUUAGGGUUUGGUUAUGAUGGAGUAGAUGAUGAUUAUAAGAUUGUUGUUUAUGUAGACAAUUAUGUGGUGUAUUCGGAGAAUAGGAAUGCUUGGAGAAUUGUACCUGAGACGAUACAUUCUCCUGGCAUGGAUGGUUUUGAUGUAUGCAUUAAUGGAUUCCUGUGUGGUUGUUGUGGUGGUACUUAUGCGAUGAUGGCUUUUGAUCUGAACCGGGAGGUGCUGAAUUGUCACAUUAACCUCCCUGUUACCGAUGGUGAUGUCGAUGAGGCUCAUGCUCAGCACCUGCUGGAUUGUACUAUUAAGCUUCCUGUUAUGAAUGUUAUUAAUGAUGCUCAUGAUUAUGAUGCUGAUGAUAAUUUUGCUCGUAUUAUUGAGUUUAAUAACUCUGUUGCUGUUAUUAUGAUGAUUGGUUCGAGUAGGAACAUCAACACGUGGACAUUGGAUGAUGAUGCAUGCCUUCGGGUUGGUGGAGUUCGAGUUGGUGGAGUUGAGGCAUCUUGGACGCCAGUGCUUAGCAUUGAUACACGUAUGAGACCCGAUCAGUUUUAUGGCUACUUCAGCAAUGGGAAUCUCAUAUUACUAUUAACAAAUUAUGUAAGUGAUGUUAAAAUGUGGAUUUCGUGUAAUGUUGACAAGAAAGAGGCCAAGUUUGCUCCACCUUUGCUUGAUAUGGCUGAACAUUGUCAAGAUAGCGUAAUUUUCAAGUACAAGGAGAGCCUGAUCUCACUCGCAGGAUUCAGACAUGUCAACUAGAAUGUUGAUGAUUCUGGGAUUAUUAUGUUUACUAAUGAUGGCAGUAUCUCUUUUAUCGUAGUCACUUAUGAUUGAAGGCAUUUUAAUUUUCCUUUCGCUGUAAACUUUUCAUCUCAUUAACUGAAUCCGUUUCAAACAAUUAUGUUAUUGACAAUGUUACCGUGA